CUUUCCUCGUGCGGGGAAAAACGGGGCUUCCGCGCAUUCCGCUGCGCGAGUGGCCAAGGAUAACGCAUUCAGCCGACGAUUCGGCCAUCCACAGGUGGGAAAAGGCACGAAAGAGAGCCCACGGGAUGGCCAUCCAUGGCAUCCAUCCAUGGUGGUGCAGGUAGGUAGCAUGAGCACGGUGUAUUCGGGUUCGCACCUGGCCGCCGGGACCAUGUACGGGAACGUGCGUUCGCCGAUGAACGCGUUAUCGUACCCGAAUGCCAUAUCGACGGAGAUGCGCCCGCCGAUGACGGGUGGUCCGCAGGCGCAGGGGGGUGUGGACGCCAUGGCGGAGAUGAUGGCCAUCAACCGCCACAAACAGCUGCAGCAGAACCUCAUGAAACUCCUCACGGACCCGGUGUAUGAGGUACGGUACUACGGGGAGGGAGGGAUGGAUGGACAGAUGGGGGAUGAAAAGCGGUGGGGCAGGUGGGAUGGAUGGAUGGAUGCUCUUCUCCUUGUAUGGUGUUCCUUGUGUGGUGUGUCGUGUUGUGGCCAGAGUUUGUUUGAUUGCGUGUUGAUCGCUGAGGGCCGGGAGAUCAGAGCCCAUAAGUGCAUUCUCGCCGCCAACUGUGGUAACCACAAGACCUCACCGACAAAGAGGGCAUCCACCACCUUGUGUGUGUGUGUAUGUUAUGUAUUGUGUGUCAUGUGUGUUGUGUCUGUCAGAGUAUUUCCGCACUGCGAUGUGCAGCGGCAGCCACGCCAUGUCUCGCAUCGACUUCAGCAACCAGCGGUACACGGUGGUCAAACAGCUGGUCAACUACAUAUACGGCGGAGAACUAGACGAGAACACCAGCCUGGUGAGUCAGUGGGUUGGUCGACAGGGAGGGAGGGAGGGAAGCAUGGGGCGCUCAUGUACCCGUACCGAUUUUCUAUGUUGUGUGGCUGGUCAGACGGAUAUCAUGGACGUGUUGGGGGAGGCGCGGGUAACCGCAUGGAAUACACCACAAAGACGCCCAUCUGCGCACGCCCCUUGUGUUGUGUACCUGUUGUCACUCUUCAGGCGCUGGGUGUGGAGACCAUGGACUCCACCUGUAAUCCUCCCCCUCCCCCUCCCCCUUCACACACAAAACACACGCACAGAGCACACCACACCUCUCUCUCUCUGUGUCCAUUCCAUCUGUAUGUGUGUCUAUCAGCGGUUGCGCAGAUGGUAGUAGCUCGUUUGACGAUGGAGACGUCCCUCGGUCUGCUGGAGCACGCCGAGAUCGUCCACCAUCCGCUCAUCGCCAAGGGCGUCUGCCAGUACGCCGGCGAGCACCUGCUGGAGAUACUCAAGAACCACACGGCCAAGCAGCGGCUGGUCAACCUGAGGGAGGACAACAAACCGUUUGUCAUCGAACUCAUCAAAGUCGCCGCCGCAAAGUGCAGGAAUGGUCAGCAGAGAGCACAGAGGCGGGAGGGGGGAGGGGGGUCGUGUGGAUGUGCGGAUACGUGUGUGGUGUGUUGGUCCAUUUCUCCAUCAGAGCGUGACGUAGAGUUGGUUGUGGUGUUUGCCGUGGAGUGGUCGCAGAACGAGAACGCAUGCGAUCUGCUCAAGGUACCUGUCUGUCUGUUGAUGCGUGGAUGGAUGGAGGGGUCGGGGCAAAGGAUACGCCACGCCCACGAGAGCCGCUUGCUGGGCGCCUUCUGUGUGAUGUGUGUGUGUAUGUGGGCGUAUGUGGGCGUUGGUGUGUGCAGGAUUGCAAGAACUGGCCGUGGAACGCGGACCAGGGCAAGUUGUCCAUCUUCAGAACCGAUGCUAGUACACACACACCAACACACACCAACACACAAUGCCCCCACCCCAACACACAAUCAACCACUCUCUGGGUUUCCCCUCCCCUCCCCUCUCCGCCACAUCAGGCGAGACCGGUCACGAGAUUUCCAGCUACGAGUGGUACCCUACAGCACACCCACACCCACACAGACAGACCCACACAGCCACACCCCCACGCCCCCUCUGCGUGUGUUCGUUGUUCGUGUGUGUGUGUGUGUGUUGUCCAUCCACAGGCGCAUCUCUAACAUCAAGGAUUUGCUCAGCGGCACGCGCGAGUCGCCCCAGCGAUUCGUGUGCGGCAUGUGCUUCGACUGGUCCGUCCGCAUCGACCACGGAGCGGAGAGUAAGCCAACCACACACCACCACACACAUUUGCACACACAGACACGCCCAGGCAGGUGGCCGCAUUUGUGUGUGUGUGUGUGUAUGUGUGUGUGUGUGUAUGUGUGUGUGUUUGGUGUCCGUGUGUGCAGACAAGGUUCGCAUAGUGUACGAGAACGCCACGGAGCGUGACCCCACGGCCGGCAUCUGUCUCAAGCGUUUCCCCGCCGCCAUGUUCGCAUGGCAGGUCAGUCAGACAGACGCACCUGCCGCACCUUUUGUCCAAUACCCCACACACGUGUGAAUGGAUAUCUCUGUUGGGGUGUGUGUGUGGUGUCGUCUAGGUGAUAUUCCGCGGCCAGAAUGUGUUCUACGAGCGUCCGGUAUUCAUCUGCUUCCCGCAGGACGUCAACCUCCACUGGUCCGUACUCCGCCCGCCCACAGACCAGACCAUUCCGCCGACAGCUCUCUCCCUCUGUGUGCCUUGUGCGUGUGUGUGUGUGUGUGUGUGUGUAGGUCGACUACGUUGCCCAUCGUGGCCAACGAGAUCCACGACGAUGACGAGAUCAUCAUCACGGUCGGUGAGGGCAGGGAGAGACACAUACAGACACAGAAUGCAGAGCAGGCGUAUUUGUGUCUCUCUCUCUCCUUCAGUGCACGAUGGCUGAGAACCCCCUGAUAUCGCUCAUCCUGUACCACUUCAGCAACGACCUAGAGGGGUAGAUAUGGCAGAUACAUACACAGGGGCGAUUGGGCACAUGGCCUUUGUGUGUGUGUGUGUGUGCGUGUGUGUGUGUGCACAGGACGGUAGCUGCCGAGGACAUCCUGAACCGCCUGCCGCACAUCGAGUACCGCUGCCUCUCCGCAUACGGACUCACCGUCAACGUGAGACACACACACACACACACACACACACACACAGAGAGAGAGAGAGAGAGAGACGCCCACACACACAAGGAAGCCGGCCAAUGUCUGUGUGUGUGUGCGUUCAGAUGAAGAAGAACAAGGGCGGCCCCCUGUAGCUUCCAUGAUGAUACACACACACACACCCUCUAUGCGCGGGGCGGU